AUGUUGUGGGAUCUGGGGCAAAAGGCAGCCGCGGUUCAGCUGAUGGACCACGUUGUGGAGGUACGGAAGAAGUCACUUGACCAGGAUCGUCCCCAUCGACAGAGUUCUGAGACAUGGCUUGAGUAUUUCCACCGUGAUAUGGGCAAGGGUGAAGAAGCACCCCUUGGCCAACCAGAUGAAACCCUGAUGGCGCAAUGA